CUGUUAUUUCUUGAUAUCAGAAACAGAAAAAUUAUGGAUGGAGUUGUUUUAGGCAUGCCAGGUCCAUGGGCUGAUAGCAGUUAUGAAAGAGCUGACAUAUACACGACAAAAAUUGGAGGGAUUCCAGACUGGCCCAUUCCUAUUGUUAAACAGAAGAAAAGUCUGCUCGAAUGUAAUACUUGUGGGAUUGAUCUUUGUCUCCUUGCACAGGUUUAUGCUCCAAUAUCAAGUGAAUCAUUGGCAAUAAACGAGCGGAUUAUCUAUGUUUUUGGAUGUUUGGCCCCACAUUGUGAGAGUCCUUUGUAAGGUGUUUGACGAGUCGAGCUCGCAUUCCUACAAGCUUUUGUGUGCUAUUUGCUACUUCGGUAUCCAGCUGGCGUGCCAUUCGAGUUCAAAAGAUCACAAGCAAGGAAACAAAUCAUGUGCCCACAUCUGUUUCUGCUUCAAAUAACAAUUGGCAGGAGGAUCUGUGGUCACUUGACAUUAGAGACGAGUCAGGUCAUGAAGAUGGUGACAGUGAUGAUGAUGACGACAUGGAUAUGGACAAGUUGGCCAGGGCUUUUUCUGAAGCUGCAAAUUUGACGACUACAAGAACAAGGCGGAAUGAUGCUGGGUCGAGUAGAGAGACACUGCCCAAGUUUCAGCCAGCAGCUAGACCUACAAAUGAUAAAAUUCACGUUGUUUGAUGGCAUCUGAAGUAUGCACUCCAUUAAGUUGACCGCGAUACUCGAAUCGGGCUCCAGAACUAAGUGCCUGAACCGAAAGGCUGGUGAAGUUCCUUUUCGUCUCUAUCCCCCACAUCUGCUCAAAUGAAUCAAGCUAAGAAGGCAGGGCAUAACGACUCACGAUAAUUCGGUAAAUAUAGGCUUGUGUCCUAGGUGCCCCGAAGCUUUUGGACAUAGCAUCUCGAUCUCUCUGGAAAGCACAGUACCCCCAUUUUCUUUUUGGAGUAUACAUUCAUUCUAGUCGUUUCGCACUAAAUAUGCAUCAUCAAUGAACUAAAUAUGCAUCAUCAAUGAACUAAAUAUGCAUCAUUAUAUAUUUAAUUUAAAUAAGACAAAUAUGCACUAUGGAUGAACUAAAUAUGCAUAAUAAAUGAACUAAAUAUACACAAAGAAUGAACUAAAUAUGCAUUAUGAAAUAAAUAUGUGUUUCUUAUUCUCAAUUAACUAUGCAUUAUUUAUAACAAAGAUAUGCAUUGUGUAUUAUCCAUAUAUGCACAAGAAAUAAACUAAAUGUGCAUGAAUUAUAUGAUAUAAAAACUUAAGGGUUAUAUUGUAGUUAUUCAAAUUCUAAAUAAAUUACAUAUUUUACCCCAAGGAUUCAAUUGAUAUAACUUAUAAGAUUUUGAAAUUGCAAUUUAAUCCCAACAAUUAUCAAAUUUUCUAAGCAAAUCCCUGCCCCAACUCUGCAAAACCCUAGCCUCCAUCCGCCUCCACCAAGAAUUGCGCGCAAGCCGGAAAAUUUCCCUAGUCACCGUCGUGGUCCCCGCCACCUCCUCGCGUUGAUCGAGGGCAUCAUCCUUCAAGUCCACCCCCAGCACCCAACCCCACCCCCAAACUCUUCAAGCAGAUCUACAUGGGUUGCCCAUCUCAGCUCCUGUCGCCGCCGUCUUAAGCCAACCGAGCCCACGGCGGACAAAUAGCGACUCUGAAGAUGCAGAACCGCUGCAGUAGCAAACCCGGGCGCCGGAGUAAAACCCAUGGAGGUCGAGCGCGGUGUGGUCGAGAAGCUUCUGGGCCUCGGGAUAGGUCGUGAUGAAUAUCUGGAAGCCGCGGUCGAGGGUGAAGCCGUCGACAAAGUCCGUGCGACUUUCAGGCUUGAAGAAGGAAGGUCGUCGGCGACUUUCAGGCUUGGUUCUUCUCCGGCGGCGGGCUCGUCACAAGCUGAAGAAGGCUGCCGGAGGUCGACUUUCAGGCUUGGUUCUUCAGGCUUGGACGAGACUCUCGCAAAAUGCACUUUGUAAAAUCAGGAAGGUCACAUUCUCUUUCGACUGAAUAGAAAUGCCUGGUCAAAGAUCCGAACCUGGACCUCCAAAGACAAGAAAACACACGAAAACAGACAAAACAACAAAAAACACGGAAAAAGCAAAAUAUAGGCAAACAUGUGAGACAAACGACUAGAUGAACCGAAAAACCUAUGAAAAGAUCCAAAACGGGAGGAAAAGAAAGGUAAAACAAUAACGAAAAGUGCAACAAAAAUGGGACAAACAGAAAGACAUCUCGUAAGUGUUGGAAACGUGCAAUACUCUCUGUAGCUUUACACAGUUCAAAAAAGCCCACGAUCCAUCAAAUGAUCGAUAAAUUUAUUUCCAGUUUGGCUUAAUACUAAGCUCGGACAGGUUUGUUUCAGGCUCUACACUGGUCGGUAUGACAUUUUUUAACUAUGUGGAGGCUUGAAUUCUAUAAUGUUUUUUUAUAGAACCAUUUAUUAUUUAAAUGUGUGAUGAAACAUCAAA